AGUCCGUGGCUCUCUCACCAUCAACCCCCCGACGACGCCAUCGCGACAGCCAACGACCUCUUUCGCUUGGCGCUCGAUAUUUGGACGCAAAGCAUUGCGCUUCAAGACCGCGUCGCCAUGCGUGAAUGUGCGCUCUUUCUACUUCAGUGGUAUCGCACCGGCCGUCUCCACCUCCAGCCCGCCGUCUACCUUCAGAUCUUAUCCGCGCUCUGCAUGGUCGGAUCCACCAAGCACAUCAUCGAUGCCACUCACAGCUUGUACAACGCGACGCUCGACAAGGUCACGCCCGUAAGGCUCUGGCUCGAGCAUCCCGGGUGCGUCGACCACUUUGCCUUUGCACUCAAAGUGCAAAGUCGAUCGACGGUGACCAAGUGUGCCUCGAUACUGGCGCUGAUCGUGGAGAGUGCGAAGUCGGCACGGGCCCCGCCGCGACGCUGGACGCCAGCGGCGAUCGAGAGCGUCGAGGUGGCGUUGUCGGCAUGGCCGCACGUGUACCGCAUCAGCGACUGUCUCGAGCGCGUGUAUACGUACCUCUUUGAGAUCCAGCCGGUGCCGCCAAAACCGAUAUCGCGCUUGCGCAGCUUGCAUCGCAUAAUAGCCGGUGCUGUGCUGCAAACCAAGUACCAUCUCGCCUUGCCAAAGAAUGCCAAGCCACGUGAGGACGUGACGUCCCCGACGAAAGUCGUCGCAUCUGGGUCCGAGUUGGUGGUGUCGUCGGUCGUUAGCCACCAUCAAGGGACGCCAACGAGCAAGAAACUGAGCUUUGUGGAGGCGGCCGGCCUUGCCCGGCACCUCAACUCGUUUAUCCAGCUACUGCAGCGCGCGUACGAGCUCCAGUCGUCGACCGCUGCACUGACAAUGCAAUGCGACACCUUGCAACGGGCCAUCGAACUCUACCGGUCGCCACGCGAGUGCGCAAUUUACGAUUACAUUGUAACGACGCUCGACCCGGCGAUCCGCAAAUUCUUCGAGCCGUGCAUGACCACAAGUGCGAGUCCGUCAGCGCCCAAGGCGUCGUCCACGUGGUGGCAACGUCUCUGA